AUGGGGGCAACCCCUUUCCAUCACUCCAUCCUCGAAGUACAGCCACCGAAGCACUUCGAUAAGCCAACGGAUAUGAGGUAUGAUGGGACCCAAGACCCCCAAGAGCACCUGACGGCUUUCGAGACCAGAAUGAACCAGGAAGGGGUGGGUGAUGAAGUAAAGUGUCGCGCCUUUCCCGUGACCUUAGCAGGACCGACAAUUCAUUGGUUCAAUGCUCUCCCCCAGGGCUCCGUAACAAUCUUUGCAGACAUCAAUCGCGCCUUCCUGGCACAGUUCACCACACGUAUUGCCAAAGCGAAGCACCCGAUCAACUUGCUAAGGGUGACGCAGAGAAGUGGAAAACCGAUCAGAAGGUACUUGGAUAGGUUCAAUGAUGAAUGCUUGGAGAUUGACGGCCUGACGAACUCGGUGGCCAGUUUAUGCUUGACGAACGGGUUGCUGAACGAGGAUUUCAGGAAGCACCUCACCACCAAGCCCGUGUGGACGAUGCAAGAAAUUCAAAAUGUGGCUAGAGAGUAUAUCAAUGACGAAGAGGUUAGCCAAGUCGUGGUAGCCAAAAAGCGGCAGCCCACGUAUAACUCUGCUCGUCAUCCCGGUAACGAGGAAAGGACAAAGGAGCAUUCCAAGGACGGAGGGCCAGCUAAAGCUUUCAAGCCGUUUCCCCGGGUAGGGAAGUUUACAAACUACACUCCCCUGACAGCCCUGAUCAUCGAAGUCUACCAGCAAAUAGCCGACAAGGGCAUCCUAUCGAAGCCCCGAAAACUCAAGGAUAGAACUGGAGGGAACAAAAACCUCUAUUGCGACUACCACAAAGGCUUUGUCCACAAGACCCAAGAUUGUUUUGAUUUGAAAGACGCUUUGGAGCAGGCGAUUCGGGAAGGUAAGCUGGCUAAAUUUUCCCACCUCAUAAGGGAGCCAAGGAGGCGCGAUCGUGACCACUCCGGCGACGACAAGAACCGCGUUGUGAGGCAGAGACAGGAACCCGAGGAGGACAAUGAGUGCGGCUUCACUAUUGUAAAUGUUAUAGUCGGAAGAGAUGUUCCCCCAGGUCGAAGUCGGCAAGCAGAAAAGACGCCAAAGUCUUAG